UUCACAUUUUCACGUGGUGAACUCGCUUGUAAUUUGUAAAUAGUGCAAAUUAUACUUUAUUUUUAUAAAUAAUGAGUGUAUAAAAGAAUAUAAAAAUGUUACUGAAAGAGGAGAAAACAUUUGACUUCUUUGUUAGCAGCCGAAUUGGCUCAUUCAAACAUAUUAAAUACCACACAGACGUAGCUAAAAACAAUAAAAAAUGUAUCGAAAACCUGGUAGAUGUAAAAACUUUACAAAAAGAUGACACAAUCACCUGUAUGGAAUGGGGCAACAAGGAACAGACAGAAAUACUUAUUGGAAAGAGGAAUCAAAAGAUUGAAACAUACAGCACAGAGAAAGGCUUCACAAGCACAGAGACAAUAGAUUUUGGAUCUGGCGACAUUGUAGGCCUCGGUCGCUAUAAACGACGUCUCAUUGCUGGUGUUGCUAGCGGCGUGGUCAAAAUUUGGGGGAAAAAGGAAGAUACUCUGGUUGAAACUGGCGGGAAAAUAGAUAGAAUGAAGGUGUGGAGCGAUGGAAAUGUAUUUGCAACUGGUGGCGAAGAGAACGAUUUAAAACUAUGGCGUAUAGGUGAAACAGCGCCUAUAUUUAUAGCUAAGAAUCUGCCGCACGACUGGCUGCAACUACGGAGGCCUGUGUGGGUCACCGAUUUAACGUUCCUCGAGGAGAAUUUGCUUGCGGUCUGCUCAAGACAUGGUUAUGUUAGGUUAUACGACACGCGGGUACAACGCAGGCCGAUUUGCAAUGUGGAUACAAAAGGCAUGGCCGCUACAUGCAUAGCUAACGGUUUUGACGAGAGGCAAGUCCUAGUAGGUUUCGGUCGGGGCCAACUCCACCAAGUGGAUUUCCGUCACACGCGUCUCGAUAAAGGCUACAAGGGCGCAGCCGGGGCUAUAACUAGUAUAGCUGUGUGUGAUAAAAUGGUGAUCAGUACCAGCCUGGAUAGACAUAUCCGGGUGCACGAACAUAGCAGCAAGAAUUGUGUUUAUAGGCAAUACCUAACCUCGAAACUUACUAAAGUCCUAGUGCAGACAGCGACAUCUACACCUUUGCAAAACUCUUCUGAAGAUGUAAAGGAAGAGGAACAAGAGAUUACUAUAAAAGAUGACGAUUUGGAUGAGAUCUUUGAAAAUAUGGAAACUGUUGGAAUAAAAACACCGCGCAAGAAGCAUUUGGAAGAAGACACAGAAGUCGAAGCGAAGAAAUGCAAACCCUCUACAGAAGGUAGUACGGAAGUAACGAGCGGAGAAGAUGCGAUCGUCAAACUUCUGCGAAGCACAGAAAAGCAGAAGAGAAGAUUGGAGAAGAAGAAGCGGGAGAAGAAAGCGAAGAGCGUGUUUCAUAAUGCGUAAUAAAUGUUUUGAAUUUAA